AUGGCAGAGGAGCAACAUAUGGUUGUUCAGGAGAUGGCGAUGCCCAGCAUUGCUAGUGUCACCUCCAGCAUUGUGAAGCCUAGAAUCACUGGGCACUUUGAGCUGAAACAGAGCAUGAUCCAGCUACUACAUGUGAAUGAGCAGUUUAUGGGUCUUCCACACGAGGAUCCACAACAGCACAUCCUGAACAUCUUGGAGAUUAGCGCGCUACAUCCUGAGACAAAGAUUGUGGUAGAUGCUGCAGUGGGAGGUCAAGUGUUGGAGAAAAGAUUUGAUGAGGUAUAUGCAUUAUUGAACAAAUUCUCCAAAAGCAAUCCGGAUUGGCAAGGAGAGAUGGGCAGACACACAGUGCAAAAAUCUGGAGGGGUUCUCGAGUUAGAUGUCAUCUCUGCAUUAUCAGCACAGAUUGCCACACUGGCCAACCAAGUCAAUCAGAUGACCUUGGUAAUUAACAAGCAACAAGUUCAGCCAGUGCAACGGGUUCAAAUAUUUUGUGAAGUAUAUGGAGAGGGUCACACGAGCAACUUAUGCCCAGUUAAUCUAGAGUAUAUAUAUUUUAUGGAUAAUGCAAAUAGGGCCAGACAAACCAUUGGGGCUCUUCCUAGUGAUACUGAGCCUAAUCCUAAAGCUCAAGUUAAUGUGGUUAUCUUGAGAAAUGGAAGAGUAUUAGAAGAAGUUCCAAAUAAAAAGAAGUAUACAUCUAGUCCUGAAGGAGAAUUAGUUCCCAAGCCAGUUGAGGAGAAUGAGAAAGAGAGCGAAGGAUCAGAGCCAGUAAUUAUGACAAUGUCACCACCUCCGUUUCCACAAAGACUGCAGAAGCAAAAAGAUGGUGCUAAGUACAAGAAAUUCUUAGAUAUUUUUAGCCAAGUGCCUGUGAAUUUGCCUUUGGUAGAAAUUUUGCAGAAAUUGCCUAAGUAUGCAAGGUAUCUCAGAGAUAUUGUGGCAAACAAGCGAAUACAUACAGAGUUUGAAACAGUUACACUUACUGAAGAGUGCAGUGCUAGAGUUCAGAGUAAACUUCCUCCUAAGUUGAAGGAUCCUGGGAGUUUCACAAUUCCUCUGUCUCUUGGAAAACAAGAAGUUUGUAGAGCCUUGUGUGAUUUAGGGGCUAGUAUAAACUUGAUGCCAUCAUCUUUAUUCAAAACACUCGGAUUGGGGGUGCUUAGACUUACUACAAUCACUUUACAGUUGGCAGAUAGGUCACUAGUUAUGCCAAAAGGAAUUAUUGAGGAUGUGUUAGUUCGAGUGGAAAAGUUUAUUCUUCCUGUUGAUUUUAUUGUUCUUGAUUACGAGGCAGAUGAGGAAGUGCCCAUUAUUUUGGGCAACCAUUCUUAG